AUGGGAUUGGGAAUUCUCGAGGACCGAGUCCUUGAACAUGUCCCUGCCAAUCUGUCAGGGACAACACAGUAUUUCGAUGACCCAGAGAGACCACAAUAUGCCACCGACGGCGCCCAUGAACAUCUCAAGUGCGACCGAAGCGGCCCAGUGCCCAUCGUCCUGGUCCCUCAACCAACAGAUGAUCCAAAUGAUCCUUUGAACUGGCCGCUCUGGCGCCGCGACCUCAUCACCCUCGUCCUCUCCAUCACUUCGGUCUUCGCCACCGCCUUAGGCCCUAUCCUCGCGGCCGACACUGUUCUCCUUGUCAGCACUCUCAAAGAUGUCACCUUUGUCAAAGCUUCCCUCCUCACUGGUUACUUUCUCCUUGGUUGCGGCGCGAGCGCCUUCCUCUUUGUCCCAUCCAGUCGUAUAUGGGGCAAAAGACAUUUGUUUGUCCUAGGCACGAUUCUAUUGAUCGUCACCAGCAUUUGGACAGCUGCUUCGGGCAAUAAGAGCUACACGAACUUUCUAUGGUCGAGGAUCUUCCAAGGCGUUGCGGCCGCCCCCUUCGAAUCUCUCGUCAACGCGGCCGUCGGCGACCUGUACUUUGUCCAUGAGCGUGGCAAGCGCAUGGCCUUCACCAACCUGGCUGUCUUUGGCGGUGCCUUCUUCACUCCCAUUCUAGUCGGCAAGAUCAGCAACGACAUGGGCUGGCAAUGGACCUUUUGGUUUGUCGCCAUCUUCUCUGGCGUGUGUCUCCCGGCUGUCUACUUGUUCUGUCCCGAGACCGCUUACCGUCGUGACCCGACACCGCGCUUCUCGGCAACGAAGAAAGACGAUGAUGCCCCCCAAGAUCGUGGGCUUGACCAGGAGCAGGAGCAGGAACUCAAACGAUACCCAGCUCCCUCCCACCAAACCUCCACCGACAGCACCACCGCCCCCAAGGACGAAGAACACAUCCAUACCGCAACCGAAGCCCCUGCUUCCACAACUGGCGCUCCCACCACCACCACCCCACCAAAAGCCACAUUCCUCCAAUCCCUCGCCCUCUUCAACGGCCGUAAAUCCUCCGACUCCUUCUGGAAACUCACCCUCCGGCCCCUCCCCCUCCUCCUGCACCCGGCCUUCCUCUGGGCCUGCCUAAUCCAAGGCCUUCUCAUCGGCUGGACCGUCUUCAUCGGUGUGCUCAUGGCCUUCUUCUUCAUCUCUGUUCCCUUGUGGUGGGACGAAGUACAAACGGGGUACGCCUACACCGGUGCCUUCGUCGGGGCAUUGAUCGGCUUCGCUAUCGCUGGUGGACUAUCGGAUUGGUCGGCGCGGUUGAUGACCAAGUGGAACGGGGGUGUCUAUGAGCCGGAAUUUAGGCUGGUUUUGGUGAUUCCCCAGAUGGUGCUGGGCUGUGCGGGGCUGUAUGGGUUUGGGAUUACGUUGGAUGGGAUGUUGUACGGCAAGUAUCAUUAUGCGGUGCCGUUGACUUUCUUUGGGCUGGAGGUCGCGGGGAUGGUAAUUGGUGCGGUGGCGGGGAGUCUUUAUAUUGUUGAUGCGUAUCGUGACAUCGUGAUUGAAGGCUUUACGGCUAUGAUCAUCUUCAAGAACUUCUUCAGCUUCGCGUUGACGUUCAAAGCGUGGCCUUGGCUCAUCCAGAGCAGUGUUAAAGCUGCGAAGAUCUUCAAUGCCUUGGGAAGUGUGCAGCUUGUUGUUUGCUUGCUUACUAUUCCGCUGUAUAUCUACGGAAAGCGCUUGCGCAGCUUCUCAUAUCGCCAUGACAUCCUGGAGCUUUGCCGUUUGCGAUAG